AUGUCCAGCUCACCCUUUGACGACUCGAGCCUCCCCUCGCAUUUCACUCGACCUGAACACGACCGUCCAGAGGAACCCGUAUGGUCGACCGUGCCCGAUUCGGACGAGCGCGCCGACGAGGCCCACGAUGCCGACUCGGAGGCGCUCUAUGCCGUGCUCAACUUGCCCAAGCAGUGCACGGACGAGCAUAUACAGAAGCAGUACAAGAGGUUGGCCGGUCAGUGCGCACGAGAAACCUCUUGUUGCGAAUCGAGCAGCGACCACAGCACUCUGACCUGUGCAGCGUUCACCCCACCCCGCCCUGCUGCAGCGCUGCUCCACCCGGAUCGACAUCGGGACCCGGCUCUCAAAGCCGCCGCCGAUUCGCGCUUCCAACGCCUCAACCAUGCCUUUGAGAUACUGUCCGACCCUCACAGACGGGCCAUCUACGACCAACUCGGUGAAGAAGGGCUGCACACCGAUUGGGAAGUGGGGCCCAAGCACAAGACUCCCGCAGAGGUCAGUCGAACCCCCACAUUGGCCUUGACCCACCCCUCACCCGAGCGCUCGUAUUUUCCCCCUCCCGCUCCUCUCCCACCAGCUCCGAGCCGAAUUCGAGCGACGAGGUCGCAAGCAGCUCCAAGUCGACGUCGAGCGCCUCAUCAGGUCCAAGGGCGAGUUGACCUGUACGACCGAUGCUCGAGUGCUCUUCCUCCCCGACGAGCACCGCCGCAAGUUGGGUGGCCCACCGGACAUGUCCCUGUGGCAGAAAAUGUCGACCGCCUCCACACGGCAGCUGUUUUUGAAGCAUUCUUUCGUCGUAAGUGCCAGUAGCCAUGCAUGAGCUUGGUGCUGGACGGCUCAAGCUUUGCACGCUCGACCUUUUCCUUACAGAACCCCAUCUCGCCUUCGACGACGGUCGUGCUGACGAGUCAGUUGCUCGCACGCCAAGGCGCCGGAGCGGGCAAUCUGCUCGCCAAAAUCCUCUACAAUCCCAACUCGAAACUUUCCUUGGAGGUGGGCUUGGCUUUGGACCCCACGGUUCGAUAUCGUAGCCUGGGCGGCUGACUUGAAACCGUCGUCGGGGAUCCCACAGAUUGGCACCACUUUGCUUCGGCCGCGGACAUUACCCAUGAAGGCGACUUAUACCCCUGAUCCAGACUCGUGAGCCUUCGUACUCGGCGCACUCGGCGUACGGUAUGUCUCGAACUAAAGACACUCUCUUGCUUGACCGCAGCUUCAUCACCAUCAACGCCACACCCAAGACCUUCGCCGCCCCACCCAUCGUUGCCAUUACGCUCGGACGUCGCCUCUUUCAAGACACGACCGGUGUCUUUACCUUACGCACGGGCCAAUACUCCCUCUUUGGCUGGGGCCUAUCCUCCCUCGAGCCCGUCUCGUCCUCCGGCAUCAAUCUCGCCCUGCAGAACAAUCGAGGGUGGUCAUGUAGUCUCAUGACGGGGUUGACGGCGUCGUCCCUUUCAGGUGAAUGGGCCAAGGUCAUGUUCGGUGGUGUCAAGGUCUCGGUCGGUGGCGCGUUGUCGACGCAAGGGGUCUUGAGCACGUUCGUCAGUGGUGAUCGAAGGGUGACGGAGAACGUCAGAGCGGGAAUGACGUUGGAUAUGGGCAUGAACGGGGUCAUGACCAUUAAAUUGAGGUGUGUCGCUAAGGAUCCUCAUCGGUCAAAACGGUUUCGACCCAGGAAGCUGAGGUAAGACUUGGGUGGUACACAGAUUCAAUCGUCUUGGACAACGCCUCAACUUCCCCAUCAUCAUCUCAUCGAAUUGGGAUCCUCGACUCGCGCUUUCGUUCACCGUCGUUCCAGCCCUUUCUAUCAUCGCCGUCAAUCAAUUCGUUAUCGCGCCGAGGAAGAAGCAGAGACUUGCUUCGUAAGUCCACGACUGGCCGGACCUCUAGUUUCUUAUACCGAGGCUAAACUCCUCGUGGGCUUCAUUUCAUCGAACAGCAAGAUCAAAGAGCUGCGCAAAGAGCACGGCGAAUACAUCGUCGAGAAACGUCACGAAGCCGAAGAAGCGAUCGCACUACUCGUCGAGCACGUCAGGAAGAAGAUCGAACAGGAGGAGAAGGUGCAAGGUGAGUUCGCACGUUGCCCUUUUUUUUUCCACAAAGGGGACCACCCCCUGAAAGGGAACUGAAUCAAAUCACGAGCGCGCAAUCUCAGGUUUGGUUAUUGAAGAGGCUUGGUACGGCGUUUUGACGACUUUACCCGACCCGCUUCCAACUCCACGAACUGCGUCCUCGCCUAAGCCCACCCCAGUCCCCUCCUCUACGAAUGAGAAAUCCCCUUCGGAAAUCGACAUCGCCAUCAACCAGCGCUACCAAGACGUGACCAUCCCCCUCCAAGCGCUCGUGAACCAAUCCCAACUCGUCAUUCCAGCAGGAAGGUCCAAAGCCCAUCUCCUGGGUUUCUACGACUGUGCUUACGGGGAGAAAAAGUCGUUGAGGGUUAGGUAUCGUUUUAGAGGAUCGAGACACGAGUGUGAGGUUGAGGAUCGGGAAGGGUUGGCUAUGCCGUUGAGGGGCCAUUUGAAGGAAUGA